AUGGAGACUGCAGCUGAUGAUGGCGCAUAUGUGUUGCGCGACUUGAUGCGCAAUGCCCCAUUGUCGCCAGACGGAGAGGAAGAGCACGAUGUGCACAUAACCUGCGUGGAUGCCUGGGAUGGCAACCUGUAUAUCGGAACGUCGGCAGGAGAGAUUCUCCAUUUUGUCUCGAUCCCGUCGCCCGACUCGGACCAGCCUACCUACAUCCUUGCUUCCCGUCUACAACCCGAACACUCGACCAAGCAAUCCGACUCGUCGCCAAUCGUUGAGCAGAUUCUACUAUUACCCUCGGUUGGGAAGGCAUGCGUCUUGUGCCAUGGUACUUUGACAUUCUACACACUGCCCGAGCUCAGUCCAGCGUUCGGCGGAAAGAUCAAGCAGAGUGAUUGCACAUGGGUUGGAGGGCUGGACCGUGAUUUGGAUGGCCAGGAGCUGGAUCCUGCUGAUGGCUGCAUUAUUGUCAUCUGCUUGAGGCAGAAGUUGCGUGUCAUCCGCAUCAUGGACCAAGGCUCUCCCCGUAAGAUCAGGGAUAUUGAGCUGGGCAAUUGUUUGGAUAUACAACGCCGCGCUGAUCUCGCUUGUGUUGCUGAUGGUACAUCUUACGCCUUGCUGGACAUUGUCAACCAACGCAAGAUUGACCUCUUCCCCAUCUCGUCUUUGCCUGACGUGCAUUCGGGUCGCCAGAGUCCAGUCCAGGGCACACCUACGAGGCAACGCUCCGCUUCGCCCACCCUCUCAGCCACCAGCCCUGUCCGCAGACCUGAUCUUCGUGUGCGGGACCGAGUCGUCACUUCUCCUCAGACGCCUGGUCGUCAGACUCCAGAUCGUCUCCACCCCAACGACUCUCCCUCAGCAUGGCCGCAUCGUGCUGCUUCCCGUCAGACUCUUUCCCCCAGCCCGACGAGACCGCUUGCUAGUCCCUCUUUGGACCUCGAUGGCAAAAUCCUUCCUCCUACGCCACAAGUCGAACAGCCACCGUUCGUGCCUCCAAUAUCACACUCUCCACUGAGACCUCAUAUCUCCACCCCCACUCCGAACGAGUUCCUCUUGACGACCGGUACUUCUGUUGAUGACCCUGCUGUGGGCAUGUUUGUCAAUCUCGACGGCGAUGUUGUCCGGGGUACCAUUCAGUUCGAGAGCUACCCAGAUUCCAUCGUUGUCGACAGUCAAGCCUCGGAUCCUUCCAUGCCACGGAUGCCUGGAGAUAUGUCUCAAGAGGGUUUUGUGCUAGCUGUUGUACGUCGUGAGAAGAAUGGCGUCGUCGAAAAGAUUGUCGAGUAUCAACGCUGGGAUGUUGAUCCUUCGGACAAUCAGUAUUAUAAAGAUUACCUCAUCCUGCCAGACUCUGACAUGUCUAAAGCUCAGAUGGCGUUACGCGAGGUCACUACUGCGACAACUCUCAGUCUUCCCUCUGUUGGUAAAGCACUCAGUCUGCGCCGUCUCUACCUUCAUCAAACGACACCCGAAGAGAUUGCGUCUGAUGAGAAACGCGACAACGAUGAAGACAAGCUCAUCGACCGGUUCUCAAGUGUCCAGACUAGAGUCUUGGUAUUUGCCAGCGACUGUAUCUGGUGGGUGGUCCGUAACCCUCUCGUCGUGCAACUCGAAACUCGGUUGAGUGCCGCUAUCGAUUCUUCGGCCGAUGUGUUCGCUGUACAUCGUAGCCAAGUUCAAGCAGUAAUCAACAGUAUACGUGGCAGAGAAGCCACUAACGAGUUCGAGUUCUUCGGUUUCAACUAUGUUCGGCAACAAGCUUCGCUCCUGCUGCUGAUUGAUCUCAUUCUCAAAACCAAUCAGGGCGUCGUUGCUUCUGAGACUGACAAACGCUCAACGCAUGACGCUCUUGUAGAGGGAGAAAUAGACCCUCGCAUCAUCCUUUCCAUCAUCCCGGUCCUGUCAGACGAGGUAGUCGAAGGUCAACAAGGCCUCUGGAUACCGGGUGGUCUCAAAAAUGCCAUUGAACAAUUCAAAGCACAAUACCAUGCAGCUUCUAUCAACCAAGAUCCACAAGGUCCGUAUGGAGACAAUUUGCUACAAGUCUUGAAGCGCUACCUGCAAUCCUGGCGGAAGAAGAAAGGCUUUGGCAGUAUCGCAGAUGAGAAGCAGGUCUUCCAUACCGUUGACGCUGCGUUACUAUCUCUACUCCUAAUGCUCGACAGCAACACAUUCCCGGGACCGGCGAUAUCCGGGUCGAUACGUUCCGAGCUCAACGAUGUCGUCGAUCAAGGUGUAGAAUGCUUCGACCGUGCAGUUGAACUUCUUGAACAGCACAAACGUCUCUAUGUCCUUUCUCGACUAUAUCAAAGUCGACGUAUGGUUGGUCAAGUCCUAUCAACUUGGCGGCGUAUACUCGAAUCUUCAGAAGACGUAGGCGGUGAACUGAUCGACGGAGAAUUGGACGUACGGAAAUAUGUCACCAGAAUCAAGGAUGUCGAACUGGUCAAGGACUACGGCACUUGGCUCGCCAAUCGCAACCCCGCCCUCGGCGUUCAAAUCUUUGCAGAUGAGAAUGCAAGAGUGAAGUUUACGACUGCCGAAGCCGUUGACUUACUAAAGGAGCGUGCGCCAACUGCAGUCAAAGACUACUUGGAACACCUUGUCUUCGGCAAGAACCAAAAUCAAUAUGCCAACGACCUUAUCUACUUCUACCUCGAUACCGUUACCGAAGCCAUCUCUGAUCCAUCGACAUCUGCCGGCGACAUACUCCUUACGAGCUACCACACCUAUCGAGCUCUGUCUCCUCCGAAGCCGACGUAUAGCCAAUUCAUUCAUGACAACAGUCUUCCGGACACAUGGUGGCAGAACAGACUUCGACUCCUCCAGCUUAUUGGCGGCUCUUCAGUUUAUGACGUUGAAGCCUUGAGCAAUAGACUGGAUGCGUACUCAGGAGUGCUUGUCCCUGAGAUGAUAGUCCUUGCAGCGCGAAGAGAUGAGCAUCAGAAAGCUCUCAAAUUGCUUGUUCACGGACUAGCAGAUUUCGACACAGCAGUACGAUAUUGCCUCCUCGGCGGUAGCAGUAUAUUCCACCCUGCCACCUCGGCCUCAACACUCCCCUCACCUUCAAAAGAGGAACAAGAAACACUCUUCUCUCAUCUCCUCCACUGUUACUUCGAUCUUGAAGACCAUGAACAGCAACUAGAAAGAGUUGCCGAGCUUCUCGAAAAGUUCGGAAGUUGGUUUGAUGUUGCACAAGUGCUGCCUCUGAUUCCUCCGUCAUGGCCACUCGAGCACUUUGGCGCAUUCAUCGCUAGCGCGCUAGGAAGACUUGUGUCUGAGAGAAACGAGACCGUCAUAGCCAGGGCACUUGCUGGCGCCCAAAACCUCAGAAUUGCGGUUGAUGUGGUGGAGAAGAUCGAAAAGGAGGGAGCUGUUUGGGAGAGUGUCAAGAAAGAUAGCGGCGUUGCUUAG